GCUGCCAUACUGUACAUCAGUAUUGAAUCAUUUUUACUUGUCUUCAAUCCGUACUUGAGUACUCAAUUUCGCAUAGUCGGAUACAGAUUGAGCAGUAUAUGGAAUGAAAACAACGGGGACAGUAAUUCGGUUGGUUACACGGACAAGUGUUACGCGCGUAUGAAGAAAUAUAUCCGACAGCACCAGGCGCUCAUCGAAUUCAGCAACAGGAUCGAGUCUGUAUUUCGAUUGAAUAUCUUCUUCUAUGUGCUGCUUAUUAGCAUGUUCAUGUGUCUGGGCGCGUAUCAAAUAUUCUUUAUAAAAUCAGUUGCCACUAGAAAAAUAAUUUUCACAUUGUUCACCAUCGGCAGUGCCUGCCAAGUGAUACUAUUCAGUUACUCGUGUGGCAUAUUGAUAAAUAGUAGCGCAGAAAUUACAUUGUCAGUGUAUGCGACAUCGUUAUUCUCGGCUCCAAUGGACAAAUCCGGCAGGUUGUUGCGAAAGGAUAUGCAAAUAAUAAUGUUGAGGACACAAAAACCCUGUUACCUGACUGCCUGCGGAUUCUUUCCUAUAUCCUUAGAAACAUCGACCAAG